AUGGCGAAUAAGCAAGAAUGCUCCGUCGCUUCUGAUCUCAUCGACUUCUUGAACGCUUCUCCAACCGCUUUUCACGCCGUUGAGGAGGCAAAGAAGAGAUUGAGAAAUGCAGGGUACGAGCAAGUUUCUGAGAGAGAAGAUUGGAAAUUGGAAUCUGGAAACCGUUAUUUUUUCACUAGGAAUCACUCUACCAUCGUCGCUUUCGCUCUCGGUAAAAAAUAUGUAGCUGGCAAUGGAUUUUAUAUAAUUGGUGCUCACACUGAUAGUCCCUGUCUCAAGUUGAAGCCUGUUUCCAAGGUAACGAAAGGUGGGUUUUUGGAGGUUGGAGUUCAAACAUAUGGAGGUGGUUUGUGGCAUACAUGGUUCGAUCGUGACUUGACAAUAGCAGGAAGGGUGAUUGUAAGAGAAGAAAAGGAUGGUUCUGUUUCCUACUCGCAUCGGCUAGUUAGAAUUGAGGAGCCCAUUAUGCGUGUACCUACGCUUGCAAUUCACUUGGAGAGGACUGUUAAUACUGAUGGAUUUAAGGUGAACACACAGAGUCAACUUCUUCCUGUCUUGGCAACAUCAAUUAAGGCAGAGCUCAAUAAAGUAGUUGUUGCUGAAAAUGGUCCAUUUAAGAGCGAAGAAGCUCAAGCCGAUGGGAAGAAAUCUGAUAAAGGAAUGAUUACCACAAAGCAUCACUCACUUGUACUAGAGAUGAUUGCAAAUCAGAUUGGGUGCAAAGUAGAUGAUAUAUGUGACUUUGAAUUACAAGCAUGUGAUACUCAACCAAGUGUAAUAGCUGGAGCUGCAAAGGAAUUUAUUUUCUCCGGAAGGCUCGAUAACCUCUGCAGCUCAUUCUGCUCUCUGAAGGCACUGAUAGAUGCAACAUCUUCUGAAAGCGACCUUGAGGAUGAGAUUGGUGUUAGGAUGGUGGCAUUGUUUGACCAUGAAGAGGUAGGAUCUGAUUCAGCACAAGGAGCCGGGUCUCCUGUCAUGUUAGAUGCUCUAUCACGAAUCACAAGCUCCUUCAACUCAGAUUCCAAGCUGCUUCCAAAGGCGAUCCAGAGGAGUUACCUUGUAUCUGCUGACAUGGCACAUGCUCUCCAUCCUAAUUAUAUGGACAAACAUGAAGAUAGUCAUCAGCCCAAGUUGCAUGGAGGGCUUGUCCUCAAACACAAUGCAAAUCAGCGCUACGCAACCAAUGCAGUCACUUCCUUUUUAUUUAGGGAGAUAGCAACGAAGCACAACCUUCCCACCCAGGAUUUUGUUGUCCGCAAUGACAUGGCCUGUGGUUCAACUAUUGGUCCAAUCCUAGCAAGCGGUGUUGGGAUUCGUACUGUUGACGUUGGUGCUCCACAGCUAUCGAUGCACAGUAUAAGAGAAAUGUGUGCUGUUGAUGAUGUCAAGUAUUCCUAUGAGCAUUUCAAGGCAUUUUUCCACGAGUUCUCUCAUCUGGAUGCUAAGAUUACAGUUGAUAUAUAA